AUGUAUGGUCAUGUAGCUGAAGCUAAAAUGACGAAUCAAGAUUAUAAAAAAUAUAUGUUAGAAACCGAGAAAUCUCUUAUACUGAUAGCCGCUAUGUGUCAGAAAGAAACGGAAGCAAGACAGACAAUUGACGAUCUCAGAGAAAGGCCUUUAGAUGAAACGUUAUUAAUCAAGUACCAAACAGUUCUCCUGAGAGACAUCCAAGCAGAAAAGGAAAUCUCUGAAACUCAAAGGGAAAUCAAAGAGUACUUGGAAACUAAUUUUGGAAGUGUACAGGAAAGACUUGCGUCUCUCGAACUUUUACAUACAACGAAAAUGCAAGAUGUUUUAUCAGCAAUGGACGAAAUUGGCAACCAGAAAACCAAAGAUACAGGGCGAAGAACAGAAAAGUAUGACGAAAUCUCGCGUCUUACAGAUGCUGCAGUCAAAGCUCAUUUAGAAGAAGGUACAUUUGUACAAACUAUUGCAAUGCCAGCCAUUCUGAAAUGCUUAAAAGAAAAGGGUCACGUGGUAAUCACGGGACCAUCUGGUUCUGGAAAAUCGAGAAUCGCAUUAGAAACACUUCAUCAAUAUUCUAAAGAAGGCAGCCCCUAUACCAUGAUAAAUUUACCAAAUAUUUCAGAAUGGCAAGAAGUAAUCGAUAUAAAUGAUAACUGUAUUGUACUUUGUGAUGAUUUUUUUGGUAAAACGAAAAGUAUUUUUAACGAAGAUAUACAUAUAAAAAAUGUUGAUGCGAUAUACACAUGUGUGAAGAGUGAACAUGUGAAAGUUAUAUUGACAAUGCGAGACAAUAUUAAACAUAAGUGUGCUACUUUAAUUUCAAAACAUCGGCUUUUUUGUAGUGAUACUUUAAUAGAUUUGAAAUAUAAAGAUUUUCGAAUGAAUAAGGUCGAAAAACGGAAAUGUUUGUUGAAUUAUUUACAUAAACAUGGAGUUCGGGAAAUCACUGAUCAAGAUGAAGAAAACUACAGCACUGCGUCAUGUAAUCUCAAAGAUACGAUAUAUUUUCAUUCAAAUACAACAGACUGUAUUGUUGAAAACGAAUCCAACUCAAUCAUUGACUUUCCUCAGACUUGUUACAUGUUCACAUCUAACAGAAAAUUCCUAAAACAAGGCAUAUCAUUUUUCAAACAUGCAAACGAAAUUCUAUGUGAACAUAUAACUGACAUGAAAGAGAAGGGGAAUACUGAUGCAAACUUUUUAGUGGAUUUCACAGUUUUGUCGUUUAUUCUUCUCAGCAGCGAUAAAAUAAAUGUUGAACAUCUCAAUUUACAACAAAUAAAUAACGUUUCCUCAAGUAUUUUCAGGCAUCGCGAUAACUCUUUUACGAAACAUGACGUCGUAGAAAGCGUUAAUCGUCUGCAGAUUGGUAACUAUUUAAGAAAGGAAAGUAAUUUUUAUUGUUUCCAACAUCGAACUAUAUUUGAGGCGGUCUUUUUAUCAUGUCACAGUAUCAAUACUGCUAAUCUGGUCCAAAUGAUGGAUUUCGAUUUUAUCGUUGAAAUGACCAGACCUGAAGAUUAUAAUGACCUAGAUGGCGAAAUGAUUUACAAAGUAUCAGAACACAAUUAUACAUUGUUAGCACAACGACUGAUUUUUUUCCUGGAUUAUAAAUAUACUGAGCCAAAAAAAAUUUCAAAUGAGAAGAAAGCAUGUCUUUUAUGGAAUGUGAUUAAAUCGCAAAAUAUCAGAAUUGAAGACUUACAUAGUCCGGAUGGAUUCAUUCAAAACGGCUUUGUUGAAGUUUUUCGAAAUAUUUCGUCACUUGAGCUUUUAUGUCGUGUUAUAAAUGAUUCCCGAACCUUAUUACUGAAUGUUGAUGAAUUUCUUGGUUUUCUAUUUGAUAAAGAUUUCAAAUUUAAAAACUUAAACCUAUUAUUAAACAAAUUUGAUCGUAAGCUAUUUAAUAAACUAUUGUGGAUGAAUGCAGCAUGCGAAAUUGGUGAAAUAGAACUAGUCAAAUGUUUCUGCGAAUAUUUUACAUUCCGUAGUUUUGAUAUCAUGGAUAUGGUAUAUACAAUUAAAAAGGCGUGUACGAAUUGUAACACCGAACUUGUUCAUCUGUUCGUAACUCAUAUAGCUGCAAAUGAUGAACUAAUAGACCAUGUGUGGGAAGUAAUCUCUAGCCAUGGCAGUGCAGACUUUAUUAAAGCGUAUUUUAAAAUGUAUGGAUUUGGACAUUUCAAUAUGACGGUUGUUAUGAGCUGGGCGAGUCGGAGCCGUAAUAUAGACUUUAUUAACUGUGUAUUAGAGACAGUAGACCAUGGUCUACAUGAUAUGAAAUUAAUUAUGACAUUAGCAUGUGUCAAUGGAUAUUUUGAACUGGUGUCAUUUUUAUUGGAAUCCGUCAAUCACAAUUUAUUCGACUUAGAUCCUGUUUUAGAUUUUGCCUGUGAAAGAAACAAUAAAGAUUUUCUUUUAUUCAUUAUGACAACAUGUGCCAAAACACUAAUUUAUAUAGAUUCUGUUUUUGUUUGGGUAUGCAGUAAAGCUGAUGUUAGGUUUCUCAAAGUAUUGUUAGAGACAGUUAAUCAUGAUUUAUUUUGCAAAGAUACAUCUGGAAUUAACUCUGUUUUGGGUUGGGCCUGUUCAAAUGGUGAUCUUGAUGUUAUUAAGUUUCUGUUCGAAAAAGUAGGUCAGGAAUAUUUUGACAUAUCAGCGGCUAUUAAAAUUGCAAUGGACAGCAAAUGUAAAGAUAUUGUGCUUUUUCUACUUGAAAAAAGUCACCAACAAAAUAUAGAUAUGAACGCUAUGGUGGCAUUGAUACGCAGUAAUGAAGAUUUUAACAACGUUAUAAGUUUAUUCAAAAGGAAGACUGUUUUGUCGUUGACAACAGACAAUUUAAACAAAUUAACUAAAAUUGUGCUGGAAAAUAACUGUGAAGAAUUAAUCAACUUGAUUGUUAACAAUGCCAAGGCAGUGUUAUCAUAUGAAAAUAUUAAUUCAAUAUUGCAGUGGUCAUGCAAAAAAGGUGAUAUAUCAAUCACUAAAUUAACAAUUGAAAAAUUUGUUUUUGAACCGUGCAACAUAAUUUCAGGUAUGAAAGAAGUGUGUUAUAGCCAAACGGGUAAUUUAGAUAUAAUGAAGAUAUUGGUUAAGACGUGUGCGUAUUAUCCAUUGGAUUUCAAAAUGCCAAUGACGAAGGCGUGCUCUUUAGGUCGUUUUGCUUUGGUAAGAUAUUUAUUAGAUACAUUUGAUAACAAUGUAUUUGAUAUGAAAUCAGUUUUAAAUUGGGCAUGUGCUAAAGGAAAUAGAGACCAUGUAAAUCAUGUACUGGAUAAUUUUGACAAUGAGUUAUUUGAUUUUGAGUGUGCAUUGAACAAUGCCUGUACUACAGGAAACGAAGAUAUAGUUAUACUUCUCAUUGAAAAGAAACAUCCUAGUGUUUUCAAUAUGAAUUCUGCAGUGGAAAAUGCUUCUACCAAUGGAUUUUUACAAAUCGUUCAGCUUAUUUUCGAAAGAUGUGAUCGAAGUUUUUUUAAUAUGAGUUUUCUAUUUAAACGUGCUUGUCGAAAUGGUGAGCUACAAUUUGUCGAGAUACUAUUAACAAAGGACUAUUGUCGAUUGCGAAAAUAUGUCAAAAGGACGAUAAGGAAAAGUGAAAAUGACGAUAUUAUAAGCUUGCUUCGCAAUUUCUCAAUUAAAAAACCCAUAUGA